UGGUUAAGGUCGGUGGAGAGGCGGGAGCCAAAAUCAGUCGCGCCGCAGAUCGCCUACAGUACGCACACGUUUUUCCAUUCGUCUCCUGUUGAGUUUUGUCUUUUUCUAUCUUUAGCUUCACGCCAAAGACGAAAUAGAAAACAUUGGAAAAGACAAGAAAGUUGAAAAGAAACACACACAAAAAAAAAAAAAACCUUCAUCGACUUGUGUAUGAUUGGCACUUGUUUUUUCUUUCGUGGUAGCUGAGUGUGCUCAUCGAAGAAGUUGAGUGCAUGUGGUUGAAAUUGUAAGUGAACGUGUGUCGAGACAUCGUCAAAGCAUAAAGUGUCGAGAUAUUGAAGAAGCUGCUGACUCGUUUUCUGUACGGAUAUUUUCUUGCCAUCUUCUUCGUGUUUCGGGAAAAGUUGACUACAUCAUCAAAUGACGACUAUCCGUGAUCAAGCACAUCAGAUGUUUUGAUUGGAGGCAGCGCGUCGCGCCUUUUUGGAAGAUUCUUCCUCUUUAUCUUUUUCAUCCCGACUUCUGAACUCAUCCAUCCCUUAUUUUCUGAUUGCCUCUGGAAGAAGAAAAACAUAAAGAAAAUAUUGAAGGGGUCCGCGCCAUCUUCAACGACUACAAGAUGGACCGGAUAUUCUUCUUGUCUGCCUUGAUUGUGAUUGCCGUCGCCGCGCCGACACAGCGAUACGAAGAAGUGGAAGUCUAUGAAGGCGACACGGUCAAAUACGAUUGCCCGUCUGGAUUGACGCAACUGGCCGGCAACGGGGUCGAAUGGUACCACAACGACGUCAGAGUGGAUCCUCGUCAGCAUUCGCGAGUCCGUUACGCGAGAAAGAAGAAUUCGAUCGCCAUAUCGUACGUGGAGUCUAGGGAUGGCGGAGCGUGGUCCGUCCGCCCGAAGAGCAUCCGUUUGAUGGAUCCAGCGCCCAAAAUGACGCCCUGGUGUAAUUUCACCGUCAUCGUUAAAAUGGACGAUGACGAUGUUGACUCCACAGCCGCUGAAGAGCUGCAGAGUGACCAGGCCAAUGAAGAUUACCGUCCCCAUUCGCUGUUUAGCACUCCAUCGCUUCAUCCGGAAGAAGAGGAAAGCGAUUUCCCAAUGGCUGACGAUGAUGUGUCGGGUUCGACUAGCUCGGCCACGGACGGAGAACCGCUGUCUCCCAGUUUCAUCCGCAUCAAGAAAAUGGAAGCCAUCAUGUCGCAAGUGAAGCCGGCAGGAUCUACCGUUACGUACAAGUGCCCAGCUGACGGAUAUCCCAAACCGGUGAUAGUGUGGACGAAGGACGGCGGUCCGAUCAAACGCCACUUGGGCUCGGCCAAGGCUCAAAAGUGGUCGCUAGAGCUGGAGGAUGCUACCACCUACGAUUCGGGAAACUACACUUGCACCGUGUCCAACGCGCACGGCUCCAUCUCGUUUACUUUCAAGCUCCUCAUUCAAGAGCGCUUCCUUCACAAGCCGGUGAUUAGCGACGAGCUGAAGAAUACGACAGUUGCGGAGGGCGACCAAGCCACGCUGGUCUGCCGCGUCACCUCGGAAUUGCAUCCUCAUUUCUUCUGGGUUAAGCACUAUCAAGUGAAUGGCUCCUACGAGGAUGAGAAUGGAACGGCUUAUUACCGCCGCGUCAACCCAAUUCAGUUGGAUGAAGACGGUGAGGUGAAUAACGACCAUCAAGUGCUGCGGCUAGAAAACGUGACUAAAGAGGAUGCCGGUUGGUACACGUGCAUGGCCGGCAAUAGUUUGGGCAUGUCGUACCGCAGCGCUUGGCUCACUGUCGUGGAUCCAGAAGAAGAAUCGCCCACCAUUGAUUAUGUUUCGGAGGGUGGGAUUCAUCUGCAAGAUCAGAAAGUGGUGAUCAUCUUGGCUUCCGUACUGGGAUCCAUCGUGCUGGCCUUCGUCGUCCUCUUUGCGACUGCCUUCCGCAAGAAAUACAGUCGUCAAAAACGCAACAAGUUCAUGGCUCUGGAGACGGCCCACUGUAUUGCACCGUGCACCAAGAAAGUUAUUAUCGAGCAACGGUCGGCUCUCAAUGGUGUAGGCGGUGGUCUGCACGAGCCUCUGCUUUUUCCCGUCAUCAAGAUCGAAAAACAUCGUUCAAGAUUGGACACGAACAUUGGAUCAGUGUCCGAGUACGAACUGCCGAUGGACGAGAAAUGGGAAUUUCCCCGUCAAUCUCUCAAGUUGGGAAAAUCGCUGGGCGAAGGGGCUUUCGGUCACGUAGUCCAAGCUCAAGCUGACGGAAUCCUCAAUGACAACGUUGUCAGAACUGUGGCUGUGAAAAUGCUUAAAGAAGGCCAUACCGACACGGAACUGAUGGAUCUCGUCUCCGAAAUGGAGAUGAUGAAAAUGAUCGGCAAGCACAACAACAUUCUGAACCUACUCGGUUGCUGCACUCAAGGCGGCCCUCUGUACGUCAUUGUGGAAUUUGCGCCGUACGGCAACUUGCGUGAUUUUUUGCGCCAGCAUCGACCCAGCUCUGGUUAUGAACGCGCCAUUGGACAACUCGGAUUAGGGAAGCUUGGCAAUACGUCAUACGAACACCCGAUCGAGUUUAACAACGGUUGUCGGAUGAGUCAGGACACGCUGACGCAUAAAGAUCUCAUCUCGUUUGCUUACCAAGUGGCGCGUGGAAUGGAUUACCUUGAAUCGAAAAAGUGUAUUCACCGUGAUUUGGCCGCGAGGAACGUGCUGGUCAGCGAAGAUUAUGUCCUGAAGAUUGCCGAUUUUGGUUUGGCCCGCGACGUGCAUAUGCACGAGUACUAUCGCAAGACGACUGACGGCCGUCUGCCUGUCAAGUGGAUGGCGCCAGAAGCUUUGUUUCAGCGCGUCUACACCAGUCAGUCGGACGUCUGGUCUUUCGGCAUUCUCCUCUGGGAGAUUAUGACCCUGGGCGGCACGCCUUAUCCAUCAGUACCCAAUAUCGAGCGGCUGUUCCAGCUUUUGCGCGACGGUCACCGCAUGGAGAAGCCAGUCAGUUGCUCCCUCGAAGUCUAUUUACUGAUGCGUGAAUGCUGGCAAUACAAUCCCAUGGAGCGGCCCACUUUCGGCGAACUUGUAGACGACCUGGACAGAAUCUUGACACUCACGUCUAACGAGGAAUAUCUGGAGUUGGGUUUUGAAUCUGCCGAGACACCACCCAGCAGCCCUGAAAAUUCCGACUGUCGAACGCAUUUUACCGUCUCGACGGUUUGAUUGUCGCCCCUCUCUGGAGCUGUUUUCCCCCUUUUUCGAUCUUUUGCUUGGACUAUUCCCUCGCCGUCUCUUCCAUCCUCUCCCCCUUAUGCGGAUAUGGCGCACUACGAACAAGUUCUACCGUAACACCUACGCCAAACGAGAGGGCAAUGAAGAAGAUGAAACCGCCAACACUGAUAACAAAGUACAUAGGAAUGGCGUGACUUGCAACACCGUUACCAUUAGGUUGAGCACAUUCACUCUACCGUCUGCGAUCAAAUCUGGCAGAACUACGCCUACCCCCCUCUUCAAGGGACAGCGUCACGCAUAAAGUGAGGGGGUGCUCCUACCGAGGAAUAUCCAAGUAGGAUGCCAACUUAGUAAAGAAAAAAAAAAGAAAGAAAGAAAGAAAUGUUUCAACUACAGCGUGCCAUGUAGAAACGUGCCUUGCAUUAUGGACUAAACUGGCGAAACGUGACUCGAGUGGUUUAGUCUCAGGGAAAGAAGAUGUUGGGGAAAACGAAAGGAGCUAAUUUGCGCUGGAUAAGAAGUUUGCGUGGACUCGGUGAGAACCAUCUAGCGUCCACUAUACUCUCUAAUGUAUCCAGAAGAAAAAAUUUGUGAAGAUAGAAAAAGAAAAGAAUUCUCUCGUGCCUUCUCGAUGCGCAAAAUGUUUUUUUGUAUGAUCCCGAUCCCGUCAGGCGCGUGCGGUGGGCAUACGCAUUUUCAUUGUGUUGGGAUUUAGUUGUUUAUGAUUUCUGUUUUUGGCAAGUCCUAGUCACACGUCUGUUCAUUUGAGAGAGCCUAAAUUGAUUCGUUUGAGGAAAAAGAAAAAAACAACAACAAAAACAAUCGAGUCAGGUGCGUUCAUUUCUGAACUUGGGCUUUCUGUUGCAUCAACACCACAUACAUUACAAUACAUAUAGGAAAUUCGAUGUCCAUUAAAUAAUCAUUUUAUAUUAUAUAUAAUCCUGGCCUCGUUCUUUUGUGCCUUUUGUUUUUCAAUGUCAUGUACAGUUUUUGUCUUUUGUAUAUGUAGAAGACCCAGUCGUAUCCCCCUUUUUCUGGUGAUUCCUCGCUCUCUUCAGCUGGCCACCUUGUCUCUUUCUUGCCCCUUUUUGAAACCAGAAACAAGAAGAAGAUAGGGAAAAGUGCGCAACAUUUAAUCCAAUCAAGUUGCACGGUUUGCCUGUUGUUCGCCCUGUAUCAGUUGAAAUAUCAUCUCGACAAAUAAUUUAAAAAAUAACUAAAUUCACUCUUUCCCCUCAUUUCCCCUCCGUUUUCCAUGUUAUGUCAAUUCCACUUCCAUUUAUUCGCCAAAUAACUUAUUUUUGUCCCACCAUCAAUCGAUUUAUUCUCUUCUGUUUGUCUUUGUGUUUGUUUCUUUCUUUUCGGUUGAUCUGCUCGUCGCUUCCGACACAAAUGUUCGGACCAUCGUCCAAAUUCGCCAACAUUACAAAGGAAUACAAUUAAAGUUUACUUCCCGCUGUCGAGAAUAAGAAAAGCAAA